AUGCCGACUAUGACGGACGAGCGUAAUUUUCGUUCAUCGUAUUACGAAAAAGUCGGAUGCCGCGGGGUGGAAGAGAAGAAAUCGCUGGAAAUACUAAUGAAAGAGAAACCGUGGGAUAGAGUAAAGCUGAAACAGUUCUGUCUGAGGUUUACGGUGCCAGCUGCAUAUAGAAAUUUAGUUUGGAAGGUGUUAUUAGAUAUCCUCCCAGUAUAUGCUGACUCGCAUCAAUUUGUGAUGGAACAACGGACAGAACAAUAUAAUGAUCUCUUGUAUGCAGCUGAAAUGUUGGAGAGAGUAGAGAUGACAGCCCCUCGAAGUGAAGUGCUAUUAGCAAUGUGGUUGCUUGAGUUAGAAGAACGUGAACCACCCGUAUUUCCAGAGACCAACUAUUCUUCUGCGGACACGUUUAUUCCCAUUGCUAAAUCAUUGCUAGAAUUAUAUGACCAUGAAGUAGAUGUUUAUUGGAUCAGCAAGGGAUUAACAGAUAUUGUGCGAAAUAUGCAAAAGGAUUUAGUAAAGCUAAAGGAAGCCUUUCAGAACAUGCUGGAAAAGGAGGAUGGAGAGUUGUACAACCACCUAAUAGAAAUCAAGGCAUUGGAGAAGUUGCCGUUAACUAAAUGGUUCAAUUGUGGCUUUGCUGGAGUUUUAGAUGAUAGUUCAUUAACAAAAAUUUGGGAUAAAGUAUGUAGUGGGGCACCAAAAAUUUUAUCUUUUGUGGCAGUGAUGUUGAUUAUGACCCUACGUAGGAAUAUUCUUAGAGCCACAUCAGCAGAUCAAGUGCUAAAAUGUGUGUCUGAGAUACCAGAGCAAUGUGAAGAAGUAGUAGCAAACAAAGCAAUUGAACUAUGGCAGUACUAUGCGCAACCACAAAAUGAUCAGCUCAAAAAAUGA